AUGAGCGAAGAACUGAAGCUUAGAAUUCUGAAUAAGCUCGAGUCCGAGAACUCGAUUGCCGAUACCAAGACAGUCUUCGUGGACGUGUCUCCGGAGACGAUUCUGGGCGCACUGAAGAGUCUCGAGAGCCAGGAGAAGGUCAAUUAUAAGACGCUCACCACCGAGUUCUGGACAAUUGAGGCUGAGGGCCAGGACCAGAUUGACAACGGCAGCUACGAGGCGCGCAUUUUCUACGCUGUGCCCGCGGGCGAAGAGGGAAUUACCAUUGCAGAGCUCAACUCGAAGUACGGAAAGGUGGCCAACCUGGGACAGGGCAAGGCCUUCCAGAACAAGUGGGUCAAGAAGAAUGGAUCCAGCAUUGUGAGGCUUGUGGAUUCUAUUGUCGAUCAGAUCAAGGCUGACCUGGAAGUGGUUCAGGCCACUGGCACCCACCCGAACACCAAUGUAAUCAGGGACCUGAAGCGCCGCAGUUUGAUCAAGCAGAACAAGGUCCUGUCAUACUCUGUUAGCAAGGGCGCCAAUUUCUCGACCGAGCUGAAGAAGCAGGCGACCGAUUUGACUGUGGAGAUGCUGCAUAGCGGCGCGUGGAAGAAUGCCGAGUUCAAAAAGUUCAACUUUGAUUCGCUCGGCGUCAACCCCAGCGGCGGCCAUCUGCACCCGUUAAUGAAGGUGCGUGAGGAGUUCCGUCAGAUCUUCUUUGAUACCGGUUUCGAGGAGAUGCCGACGAACGAAUUUGUCGUGUCCUCGUUUUGGAACUUUGACGCGCUGUUUGUACCGCAGCAGCAUGCGGCACGCGAUCUCCAGGAUACCUUCUUCCUGAAGGAACCCGCGGUGGCUACCGAGCUGCCUGAGUUCUGGGAGACGGUCAAGGACGUGCACGAGAAGGGCGGCUACGGCUCGAUUGGAUACCGGUACCCGUGGUCGCAGGAAGAGGCCAAGAAAUUGGUGCUGCGCACGCACACCACUGCGGUCAGCUCCCAGAUGCUGCAUAAGUUGGCGCAGGAGCCGUACCGCCCGGCCAAGUACUUUUCGAUUGACCGCGUGUACCGUAACGAGGCUGUCGACGCGACGCAUCUAGCCGAGUUCCACCAGGUCGAGGGCAUCAUCGCCGAUAAGAACAUGUCGUUGGGAAGCCUGAUUGCCUUUAUGGACAGGUUCUUCCAGAAGAUGGGCAUCACAAAGCUGCGCUUCAAGCCCGCAUACAACCCGUACACGGAGCCUAGUCUGGAGAUCUUCUCCUGGCACGAGGGCCUCAAUACCUGGGUUGAGAUCGGAAACUCGGGCAUGUUCCGGCCCGAGAUGCUGCGCCCGCUUGGACUCGAAGAGGGCGUGCAGGUCGCCGGGUUUGGCCUGUCCCUGGAGAGGCCGACAAUGAUCAAGUAUGGCGUUGACAACAUCCGUGCGUUGGUCGGACACAAGGUCGACCUGGGCAUGGUUGAGUCCAACCCCGCGUGCAGACUCGACAAGAAGAUGGGCAAGGAGGUAUUCCAGUCAGCUGUCGAGACCGCCAACUAG